AUACUUAAUUUUAGUGUGAACCAAGUGCACGUAGUUAUCAAAAUAAUACCUACCCCAGUCAAACUGUGAUCUAGUAUUAGUUUAUUAGUAUUAUUUUUUAUGCAAUAUUGCAUAAAUUGGCUUAUCAUUUUGUAUCAUGUGAUAUCAGCUUCGCGAUUUAUCUACGACACAUACUAAGCGCUGUUUAUUUUUGUGAUUUAAAAGAGUCAAGUUCCACAUCCACAAUUGUAAAUUAAAGCAUGCCAUAUGCACUUUUUAGCAUGUCCAGGCACCAAGUGAACAGGGCGAGCGCUACAAAACCUAAUUGAUCGACUAGUAAGUAGAUUACGGCAACUCUUGACCGAAAUACUGUUUCGUUGGUAUCUACUUCGUCCACACCACCCACGACCUCAUUCCACACUCCGUAGCUUUCUUGUUGAAUGUCGAAUAAAUCGUACGUUUCAAAGCAAUUCCUCAGGCUCGGGACCUGGGAGUAGAACUAGGAGAAAAAUGAGUGGAGAAAGACAACAAGCACUGAGCAAAAAUAAAUGCAAAGAACUUAUUCAGGAUAUGUUGAUUUCGAAUGGGCAUAGAGAAAUGUUGAAACGAUUGGUUCAGAGUCGACUAGCUCAGUCUGGAUGGACUUACGCCAUGCGGACGACUUAUAUCGAUUACAUUAAACAAAAAGGCGUCGAAAAUGUCAACGUGUCACAUAUGAUAGCGGAGACAGUGCCUGCAGGCGUUGAAAGCUUCCCGGAUGCCGUUAGAAAAGAAAUUGAAGAUUUGUUAUGGAACUUUGCAACAGAGUUCAUCUCGGUUGACGAAACUUUGUUACCCCCUGUGGACAAUGAAAACUACUUCCCAGAAGUGUUCACUUAUCAAAGUUCGGAUGCGAAACCUGAACCUGGAAUCGGCUAUAAUGUUCCCACGCCCGAAAUUCCCUUAAGCAGAACUCCUAGCCCCGCCAGUAUUCCAAGACCUUUGACCCCACAACCGCCCAUACCAAUACUACGACCUGAAAAUACAAAACAUGACGGCAAAGAUGAACUCUUAUAUGAGGAGGAGGAAGAAGAAGAGGAGCAGCAGCAGCAGCAUGAGCAGGAGGAGGACGAAGGAAGGUCGUCAUCCAAUCUUGACGAGCAUGAAGAUAACGACAACGAGGUCGACGAGCCAGAGGAUGAUGAAGAUCUUGAAGUUGGCACUAUAACCAAUCAUAAUGUUGAAAGUGAAGAAGAGGAAUUAAUGGAUGUAUAGAGAUUAGUCAUUGAUCUGUCUUUGGUUGUUUAUGAUGGGAAUUAAUGGAACCUUAACCAUUAAGAACAAUCGGAACAAUGCCUUUAAAGUUAAUAAUCCCUGGAUAGAUGUUAUCCAUCCGGUCAUCUACGAUUUUUUUAGACCAAGAGCCAUUCAUGGUUUCAGCCUGGAAUUAUAAUUUCUGUUUCGGAUGAUUUGUAAUUUAAAAUAAAAUUUCUACCCACAUGA